AUGGAUAGACCUAUAGAUGAUAUUGUGAAAAAUCUUUUAAAGUUUGUCGUCAGGGGGUUUUAUGGUGGUUCCUUUGUACUCGUGCUUGAUGCUAUACUAUUUCAUUCAGUCCUCGCUGAAGAUGAUUUGAAACAAUUGUUGAGCAUAAACAAAACGGAAUUGGGUCCGCUCAUUGCUAGAUUAAGGUCGGAUAGACUAAUAUCCAUACACAAACAAAGAGAAUAUCCUCCAAACUCCAAGAGCGUGGAAAGAGUUUAUUACUAUGUUAAGUAUCCUCAUGCUAUUGACGCUAUCAAAUGGAAAGUGCAUCAAGUGGUGCAGAGAUUGAAAGAUGAUCUGGACAAAAAUUCAGAACCAAACGGUUACAUGUGCCCGAUUUGUUUGACUAAGUACACUCAAUUAGAAGCUGUGCAGUUAUUAAAUUUUGACAGAACAGAAUUCUUAUGUUCAUUAUGUGACGAACCGUUGGUGGAAGAUGAUUCUGGUAAAAAGAACAAAGAAAAACAAGAUAAACUGAACAGGCUGAUGGACCAAAUUCAACCAAUCAUUGAUUCUUUGAAAAAGAUUGAUGAUUCAAGAAUUGAGGAAAAUACCUUCGAAAUUGCGUUGGCUCGCUUGAUUCCUCCCCAAAAUCAAUCACAUGCUGCGUACACAUAUAAUCCAAAGAAGGGUAGCACCAUGUUCAGACCGGGCGAUUCUGCUCCAUUGCCAAAUCUUAUGGGUACUGCUCUUAGUAACGAUAGUAGUAGACGUGCCGGUGCUAACUCUCAAGCCACAUUACACAUCAACAUCACCACCGCAAGUGAUGAAAUGGCUCAAAGGGAACUACAAGAGAGACAGGCUGAGGAGAAAAGAAAGCAAAAUGCUGUUCCCGAAUGGCAUAAACAGAGUACUAUUGGCAAGACUGCUCUUGGUAGAUUGGAUAAUGAAGAAGAGUUCGAUCCUGCAGUUACUGCAUCAGCCAUGGAUUCUAUAACCGCUGAUAACGAAACUAUGCAAGAAACGCCCUACCAAAAUAAUAGAACUUUGACUGAGCAAGAAAUGGAAGAAAGAGAAAAUGAAAAGACAUUGAACGAUUACUACGCUGCGUUAGCCAAAAAGCAAGCAAAACUGAAAGAGGAGGAGGAGGAGGAGGAAGAGGAAGAAGAGGAAGAAGAAGAGAUGGAAGAUGUUUUGGAUGAUAAUGAUGAAGCCGCUCCAGAAAAUGCAUUUGAAGAUGAAUUUGAAGACGUAACGGACACUGAUGGCACAAGAAAGACAGAAACAAAAAAUACCACGUCGAGUGACUUAAAGCAAGAUGUAAGUGACAAUAAGGCUGUAGAAACCAUUACUACCAGUGCCAGUGCUUCAGAUCCUAGUGCAAACGUGAAAACGAGUGAUAAUGAUGAGGAUGACGAAAUGGACAUCGAAUUUGAAGACGUUUAG